CUCAGAGGGAACAAUCGCAUGCAAUGAAGCAAAUGCUCAACGUACUCUCUAGAAGAGUUUCAAACUCGACCUCUGACAACCUCUUCGAUACCCUGCUUGAAUCCACCAAAACCAUAAACCCGCAACAGCAAUGCCCGCUAUUCAGCCGCUUACCCCGUGAACUGCGCGAUGAGGUCUUUGCCUACGCCCUCCUCAACACGUGCCACGACCCCUUCCACCGGGGCUUUCCCCAGUCCGAACGGGCGAGCAAAAAGCACGACAUCGCUCUCCCGCUCCUCCUCACCUGCCGCGCCGUCUACAGCGAAACCCGCUACCUCCCCAUCUCCCUUAACGCGAUCUCCGUCGGGAAUAACGCAUCCAAGAAGGGAGACAUUGCGCCCAGUUUCCCUAAGCGUCCCCAUCAGCUCCCGGAAAGGCUCGGAAACCUCCUCCACAACCAUGCUCAGGCCAUCGACUACACUCUCAUGCAGACGUUCCUGGAAGUUGGGUAUCAUUUCCAGAGCUUUACGAAUUUCCUGACGGGACCGGAACCUGUCAAGUACCUCACGCUCCGCCUCGAGCGCAUGGACUGGUGGACGUGGGAGACGGCUCCCGGGGAUGUCGCGCGUGAUGGCGGGCUCGCGCUGGAUCAGAGCGUUGGGGCGGGCUCCGUAGAGAAUAGGCCAACGGCGGGGGUAAUGCGGGAGCUGGCGCAGAGGAGGAGGGAGAGGGGGCGGCUCGACGGCGUUGCGAUCGCUCGAGACGAAGACGGGGCGGCUGCGGGCUGGGGCGUUGCGCUCUCGCGCGAUUUCCCGGGGCUGAAGGAGCUGGAGAUGGUGUUUGAGAGCUUCAGAGCGAAGAAGGCGCAGCUGGAGGAGGUGGUGAGGUGUGCGGAGACGUGGGAGUUUGGAAUGGGGGAGGAGUUUGUGCUGAGAUGCGUUGGGGUGGAAAGGGGGAGUUGGGAAGGAGGGGAGGUGGAGAGGAAGGUGGAGUGGCAGCGUGGGCCAUUUGAGGUGACGGUUGUACGGUGGAGGAGGGUGAGGGCGUAA